AUGCGGGCGGAGGAGGACACGGCCGCAGCACAAGAGCCCAUUUUGGAGGAAGGGUCAGGACGAGAGCAGCAGAGGCCCCAGCAGCAGUCCCUGGCCUCGUCUCUGUGCAGAGAGUCCCAUUGGAAGUGCCUGCUCCUCACCCUGCUCAUGUACGGCUGCUUUGCCACGCUGGCCUGGUGCGCCCUGUGUCGUGUGCCGGUGCUGGGCCCGUCUCUGCCUCUGGGGGGCGACGAUGAUCCUGCCGCCGCUGCUUACUACAGCGACAUGGUGCACCUGGAGAGCCCCUGCUCCAGUGGUUAUGUGUACAUCCCUCUGGCCUUCCUCGCCAUGCUCUACGUCGUCUACCUGGUCGAGUGCUGGCACUGCUUCUCCAAGACCGCCAUGCUCGCCCACGCAGAGUUUCAGGAGGUGUACGAGCGAGUGCAGCGCCUCCAGCAGGCCACUCCGUGUAUUUGGUGGAAGGCCAUUAGUUAUCACUAUGUGCGUAGAACCAGACAAGUGACGCGAUAUCGCAACGGAGACGCUUACACAACCACACAGGUGUACCAUGAGCGCGUCAACACUCACGCCUCCAGCUCGGAGUUCGACUACGCUCGCUACGGCGUGAAAGACGUGUCCAAAGAGCUGCUGGACCUGCCCCUGCACCCGGCCGUGCGCCUGCGCUUCACCAAGUGUUUCAGCUUCUCCAGUGCCCGCGCUGAAGCGGCCUACCUCACUCAGCGAGCGCGCUUCUUUGGAGAGAACGAGGGUUUGGACGACUACAUGGAGGCACGGGAGGGGAUGCACCUGAAGAACGUGGACUUCCGGGAGCACAUCCUGGCGUUCCCGGACCCGACUCACCCGCCCUGGUUCUCUCGGCACAGGCUGUUCUGGUUGGCCUCUGCCUUCCUGCUGUCGUGGCCUCUGCGCGUGGUGUCGGAGUACCGCACGGCCUACGUGCACUACCACGUGGAGAAGCUGUUUGGAGAGGACGAGGACUCUGUGGGGGUAGGAGGGAUGGGGGGAGGGGUGCGGGACGGGGCAGACACUGAGAACGGCAUACACCCCGGGGGCGUGUCCAUCGGGAUGGGCCUGAACGGGAACAGCUACAGAGCCAUCUCUCGGGUCAACACUGUGGACAUGACGGAGCUGGAGUGGCACAUCCGCUGUAACCAGCAGCUGGUGCCCAGUUACUCUGAGGCUCUACUUAUGGACCUGGACUCCAGCGCAGGCACCAACCCCACAGCCAGCACUCCUCUGUCGGGCCCCGGGACCACCCCCCUGCAGCCCCCCCACCCUCCCGCGCUGGCUCUACCUGUGCUUUUCAACUCGGCCUAUCUCCUGCAGAGCUGCCCGCGCUGCCGCAGGACGACCUCCAGCUCCAGUCUGCCGUCCAGGCUGAGGGCGCCCAUGGGCACCACCGCCCUGCUCAACGCCACCGUGGCCGGCAUCCGAGCGGCGGGACAGGGGGGCGCGGGGGCCGGGGGCCGGAUGGUGCUGAGCCGCAGCGGCUUCUCUUUGGGACGUCUGGGCACCGGGCGUCAGAACCUCUUCCACUCCAGGAGCAUGGGCGGAGGACUGGCCGGCGGCAGAGAGGAGGGAGGGGGCGGCGGCGGCGGCAGCACCACGGGGUUUUUAGGCAUCGGCUCCAGACAGGGACAGGACAAUGAAGAGACCAGAGGCGUCCUGGAGGGAGAGGGGGAGGAAGAGGAGGAACAGCCGGACGAAGAAGUGCACACGAGGGAAGACAGAGCGAGGACGGGACAGGAGAGAGAGGACGAGACAGAGCAGGACACUUCAGACAGACAGGACGGGGACAGAGAGCGCCCCCCGUCCUACCAGGAGGCCUUCUUCUUCCCUGUGCUCAUCAUCCACGGAGAGGAGAGCUGCCACGCAGACCACAUGUGA